UUUGAUUUCAAAACUUUGUCGACUGAUCUGACUGCCAUUACGUAAGAGUGAUAAAAAACUCACUUGUUUACACACGAAACAAAUAAAGCUAUGAGCUUUACCUUGUUCCCGUCUAUACUCAAACAAAAUAGCCCACGAAAAGAAGACGUUUGACAUUGGCUUACAUCAUUUCCCUACGUACGUUCUGUUUGAUUAUCAAAUGCUAUUAUCAUUGUGCCUCUAUCUAUUCUAAUCCUAGCUUGUCAAAUAUUUUAUUUCCUCAUUCAACAGACGUGAUACAGCAAAAAAACCAAACAUCAGUUGAGUGUGUCGUCAAAACAUGGCUGCCGAUAAGAAACGUUUGAACGUCGAGUUCAAAUCGAUUCCAGAAACGCUUGAAGAGCCGUUUUUGAAGGAGUUUCCGGAGUACGUCGAGGGCCUUGUCCGCGGUGAUCCGGGUGGAUUUGUUCUGACACCGCAUUACGGCGAGCAUGCCGAAGAGCUCUACAAUUUCCACGUCCGACCCGAUGACAUUUGGGUUCUUAGCUUCCCCAAAAGUGGAACGACGUGGACUCAAGAGCUGGUUUGGUUAAUUGCGAAUGAUUGCGAUUUUGAAGGAGCCAAACGGGAUUUGAACGUUCGAUCGCCGUUUUUCGAAUUCCCGUACUUAAUACCGAGGCAAGAAGUCUCUUCGUACGGUCACCUGCCACCGGUCGAAAAACAAAUGCAAAUCAGGGAGAAAUUGGAAUCACCGCGGUUGAUCAAAACUCAUUUGCCAUUGGAUUUACUUCCACCGCAACUGACGGAUACCUGCAAAGUUGUUUACGUUGCCCGGAAUCCUAAAGACGUCAUAGUGUCUUAUUAUUACCAUCACAAACUGAUCAAGUUCCACUAUUUCGAUGGAGACAUGGAAAGUUUUGCUCACCGAUUUAUGAAGGACCAAGUCUGGUACGCUCCGUAUUUCGGGCAAGUUUUGGCUACUUGGGAGAAAGCGAAGAACAAUCCAAAUGUUCUCUUUCUUUUCUACGAAGAUUUGAAGAAGAAUUUAGAGGGACAAAUAAAAAAAGUGGCCCACUUUUUGGGCAAAUCGUUGACGGACGAGCAGCUGGCAAAACUCGUUCAUCAUUUGACAUUUGAAAAUCUGUCAAAGAACUCGGCCGUGAAUAAGGAGGACGGCAAAAAGCACGGAGUUUUCAACGCCGAUGGCAAUUUUAUGCGUAAAGGUGAAACUGGAGACUGGCAAAGAUACUUUAGUCCCGAAAUGAGCCGCCAGAUUGACGAGUGGACCGAAUUAAAUCUUCGUGGGAGUGACAUCACCUUCGUCGAUAAGAUUUGAACGCGAACCGGACUCGACAAUGACAUUAUUAUGCUGUGAUAACGCGAUCCGUUUUAUUGAUAUUCGCUUUACCAAUCGAUUGCUGAACUAUAUAGCCAUAUCGUCGAUGAAAUACAAUCUAUCACUGCAA